CUAAUAAAGCCACCCUAUCCCAUUCGCCAUGCUCAUCACUUCUGUUUGCUACACCUCUUCUCUCUUGACUCUUGAUCCCAUGGAAUUGGAAAAGGGAUCCACCCUCCACCUCCAACAACCCCAAACGCCGUCGGUUUGGACCGACGAAAAGCACCUUCACUUCCUCAACACCAUGGAAGCCUCCUUCGUCCGCACAAUGCUCCACCACUACGGCCUCGUCUCCACCCAACCCCUCCGCCUCGACCGCUACCUCCCCGACACCUCAGAAUCCACCUUAGAUUCCAAACCCAACCGCACCCGCACCCGACCCAACCACCAUGCACCUUCAGAUUCAAUGGGCCCUAGGACGCGAGUGGGGAGCAGAAGAAGGAGAAGGAGAUCAUCCGGGGAGCAGGCCAUGGUGGCAGAAAUAGAAAAUGGAAGAGAAAGUGGUGCUUGCCUUGUCGGAGGGGAUGAUAAACAACCCACAGCUAACAUUUAGGGUGGUAUACCUCUUCGGAGUCUGCCACCAAAGAAACAUUCAUCCACUCUCUUUUUACUUUUUUCUUUUCAUUACCAAUUAUUCUUUCCCCUCUCUAUCUCUCUCUUUGGUUUUUAAUUUCUUCUACUAGUAUUUCUUUUGUUUGUCCAAACGAUUAUCUUGUAAUGCAGUGCUCAUUCCUUUUCUUUUUA